AUGAUGGCUUCUCGUGUUUUCACCCGUUCCAUGGCUUCUGCAGCUAAGUCCGCCAAACCACCAAUUCAAUUAUUCGGUCUUGAUGGUACUUAUGCCAAUGCCUUAUAUUCUGCCACUGUACAACAAUCUUCAAUGGAUGCUUCCUACAAAGCUUUAGGUAAGAUUGCUCAAGCUAUUAAGGAUGAUUCCAGGUUAGCCACUGUUUUAUCUAACCCAGCUUUAACUAAGAAUGAUAGAGUUGCUAUCGCUGAAGGAAUUGCUGAAAAAUUGAAAUUAGAUAAGACUAUUACCAAUUUCUUAGCUGUUUUAGCUGAAAACAAUAGAUUAGCUAACUUUGGCUCAAUUUAUGAAAAGUUUGCUUUAUUAAACGAUGCUCACAAUGGUGUUGUUGUAGCCAAGAUCACUUCUGCCAAACCAUUAGAUUCUAAAAUCUUGAAUAAAUUACAAGCUUCAAUUGGUAAAUCUUCCUUUGUUGGUGCAGGUAAGACCUUAAAUGUAACUAACCCAGUUAACCCAGAAAUCUUGGGUGGUUUGAUUGUUGAAGUUGGUGACAAGACUGUUGAUUUAUCUAUUGCUAGCAAAGUUUCCAGAUUAAACCAAACCUUACAAGAAAGUUUAUAA